UUUCAUCUCGGGACAUGUUCAGACAUGUUUGUGUAACCUGCUGGAGAAGGACACGACUGUGUGCUUUGUGAAAGCAAAGGUAUCCCCGUCCCAUCGGGCCAACGACAAGCCACAUGAGCCAUGGGUGUGCAUGAACAAGAAGCAGGGAUACGUUGUCGCUGCACAUUGCACAUGUAAAGCUGGUUUGGGAGAGGCAUGCAGUCACAUUGCUGCUCUCUUGUUCAAAGUUGAAGCAGUGGACAGAUUCGGCCUCAACCAGGAAACGAAGACAAGCGUUGCCUGCGCCUGGAACAAGUCUUACCCAAAAAAGGUCACAGCACAGCGAAUUGUGGACAUUGAUUUCACCACCCCCAAGUAUGGCAAGACCGCCAAGUGGAAGGUCAACAAACAGAGACGCGUAGAAGUGGCUGGUCUGGACGAGUCUGAACAACACAGGGCCCUUGAAGCUCUUCGAAGAAUCUGUCCCACUGCUGGAUGUCUUACGAAAGCGAAGUCGGACACGGACAGCGCCUCAGAAGAUGAAGACCUGCCACCGUUGCUGAGUCGCUUCCGUGAAACCGAGGGAAAGGACUGUUCGGCAGAUGAUCUUAGAACCCAAUGUGCUGACUUUCUGAAAGACUUCAUAGUAAGUCAGCACCAGUGCGACAACCUAGAGAAAAUGACAAGGACACAGAGCCACGGCCACGAUAGCACACGACAUCAGUACGUUGCAGGACACAACAUCACGAGAAACAUUGUUUAA